AUGACAGCCACGAGCCUCACAAUGCCCACUGACUUCUUCCUGGGGUCCAGCCCUCCCAUCUUUGGACAUAGCCCUGUCUUUACUUUCUUCACUAACUAUCGCAAUCACGUGAGUGCCUUUCCGGGGAACACUUGGAGUGGCUUGCUCGAAAGAUGCAAUACAACAGACACGUUCGUGAAGAACAUGAAGAAUAUGGACAGAAAUGGCCUCAGACCAUGCAUAAUCAUAAGGAGUCCCUCCUUUCCCGAAAAUGAGGACCUUACGGACGAGGAUAACAGCGCUCCAACUUCGCCCGUCAAGGCGAAAAAGAGAGUCGUCUUUGCAGAUUACAAGGGUAUGAAUUUAACAGAAGUGAAGGUGAUGACGGAGCCUUCUGAUUGUCCCCCUCGCUGGAGUCCAGAAUUUCUUGAGCAGAUCACCCAAGGAGUGCUAGCCGAUGUCGCUUCCACCAAUUGGGAAGUGACCUUCCCUCAGCCGGCUGCGAACUAUGUUCAGUUCCGCGAGAAAUUGGAGACCUGCUGCGUCUCGUUGGAGAAUGUGAUAGUGAAGGACGACGAGGACGAGGUGACGGGGACAGUGAAAGUUAAAAACUUGCAUUUUGAGAAGUCUGUCAUGGUUCGGGUCACGUUUGACGACUGGAAGACAUUUGAGGACAUUCCAGCGUCAUAUGUGACCAGCGGCACAGAGGGUACCUGUGUCAUCAGUCUUUAUGACACUUUCCGCUUUGCCUUCAAAAUUCCACCAAGUUUGAAGCACAACCGCAUCGAGUUCUGCAUUUGUUACCGCAGCAAUGGACAGGAGUUUUGGGAUAGCAAUGGGGACCUUAAUUAUGCCAUCACGUCCUGUGGCUACAAGAAGGAUGCCCCCGUCGAUCCUAUCCCCAUUACCAAGACUGACGACGCUUAUCGAACAGAAAUGGAUUCAUGGUCUGAAUUCGCAUCUUGGCAUCAUUUGACAAAUGAUGGUCCGUAUUGGUGA